CGGAUCUUAGCGGACCGGCCGGUUACGGCGCACAACUCGACGCAGAGAGGGAGACACGAAGCGUCGGGUACUUCCUGGUUCGCUACCCGGGCUGUCGUCACCAGCAGGGGGAUCCGGGUUAGGGAAUGAGUUCACAUCCCCUUGGACAUACUACCGAGAUUUCCAUAUGAAUGAAACAGCAUAGCGUCGAAACCCGGGCUUGAAACCGUUCCAUGUCGUGGCCCAGCGGGGCGGGACUCGAUAGGUUAGAAGGUGUGCACAAACACACACAGGAGGGACUCGAGCUGAACGCAGGUCCACACACACACGCACACACCUUUUGGUGGCUUCGAGCCCACUGACUGAUUAAGGAUUGCUUGCAAAGUUUCUUCGACAUACCAAGGAGUUUGAGUAUGUGGGCGUGGCCUCCCCAGGUCUAGAUCUCGAUGAAGAACUCCUCCGCCUCCUCCCACCGCACGCGGGACAUCGACUACCGCGCGGGCUACCUGCGCCCGGAGCACUGCGCCCCGCCCCCGCCCCGGGCCGGCUCCGGCGGGAUGUGGUUCAUCCGGGACGGCUGCGGCAUCACAUGCGGCGUGAUCACCUGGAUGCUGGUGCUCUACGCCCAGUUCGUGGUGGCCUUCGUCAUGCUGCUGCCCGCCCGGAACCUCCUCUACAGCCUGGUGAACGGCGCCCUCUUCAACAGCCUGGCCGUGCUGGCGCUGGCCUCGCACGCGCGCGCCAUGUGCACCGACCCGGGGGCGGUGCCUAAGGGGAACGCCACCAAGGAGUUCAUAGAGAGCCUGCAGCUGAAGCCGGGCCAGGUGGUCUACAAGUGCCCCAAGUGCUGCAGCAUCAAGCCCGACCGCGCCCACCACUGCAGUGUGUGCAAGCGCUGCAUUAAGAAGAUGGACCACCACUGCCCCUGGGUCAACAACUGUGUCGGAGAGAACAACCAGAAGUAUUUUGUGCUCUUCACAAUGUACAUCGCCCUCAUCUCGCUCCACGCCCUCCUCCUGGUGGCGUUCCACUUCCUCCUGUGCUACGAGUCCGACUGGACAAAAUGCAGUAACUUCUCACCCCCGGCGACGGUCAUCUUCCUCAUCCUCCUCUGCUUCGAAGGCCUCCUCUUCCUCCUCUUCACCUCGGUCAUGUUCGGCACGCAGGUGCACUCCAUCUGCUCCGACGAGACGGGCAUCGAGCAGCUGAAGAAGGAGGAGAGACGCUGGGCCAAGCGUUCCCGCUGGAUGAGCCUGAAAGUGGUCUUCGGUCACCCCUUCUCCAUCUCCUGGCUCAGCCCCUUCGCCACGCCCGACCACGGCAAGGCCGACGCCUACCAGUACAUCGUCUAGGAGUCGGGACCCCCAGGGAACGUCAAUGUCGUCCCCCCCCCCCCCCCCCUCGUCCACCCACCCAGCAGGGGGUUAGGUCGCGCCCCGACUGUGGGACCUGCUGCUCAGGGGAGGGGGGGGGGGUGGUGUGAACUCGUGGUGUGCGAAGGGAUUGGAUGCGAGUGUUAUCUGGACCAAGGCUGGAACUUUAAAGAGACACGGACUGCCUUCCUAAACCACCCCGUUAUGAUUUUCCUUCCUCUUUUCGUGCGUUCUAUUCGUCGUCUUUCAAGGCCUUCUUAAGAGAUUACGACUCGAGGAAAUCUGGAUUGUGUGUUUUUUGGUGAACUCCUCAUUGACGUUUUGUAUAAUGCUUCGUGCUCAUCUAUAUAUAUUUUUUACUCGGUGCAGAAAUAACCUUUGCAGUACACUCAGCGUUCUCCAAAUGAUCCAACCCAGCAGUUGUGGAUGUUUUGCGACGACACAAACCAUUUUUCCAACAGCGCCUGAAUUGUGUCUCCGAGGCGUUCUAGAAUGUUGAACGACUGAAGAAGCUUCCAGUGGGUGUUCCAGAACGCCGGUUUCCGUGGGCGUCGUAGAAUUUCGCCCAAAACAGUCUCGACGGUCGUAGGCUUCCGACAAUCGCAGCUUUGACGCUGCCACCAGUUUUUUGGGUGUUGCUGUAUUCGUUCGGCUGGAAGGCUUGCCAUUACCUGAUUGGACGGUGUGGACCUGUGUCGGGGAGGUUAUCUCAUGUUCGGCUGCUCCACCUUCUCACGCGCCGCGUCUGCUGUGGACUUUGGUCCGAGACGCUCCCUACUGCCAACCCCGCAUCUCGCGCAGCGUUGUCCCUUAUCGAGGUGAUCAGAUAGUCCACUCCUCCUGUUUGGUUUUCAAGUACAAAAAGCUGUGAGUUGUUUCGAUAAAGCAGGUGGACCUUGAUCUGACCGGCCUGGGCUCCACACAUCGACGCCUCUGGUGCAGAAGGUCCCUGGGUUGACAAGCUCUCCUCUCGACCUCCUCCUCCACUCCCAGAGCGGGGUUUAAACCCCCGCCGGGACCUUUGGGCAAGGCAGCCGAGCUGCUAAAGUGUCAAACAUAAAAGGAGGCGUUUGUGUGGGGAUUGAACUGAGCACCGGACUGAAGGGACCAGGACUACCAAGGUGUACCUGAGGUGUACCUGAGGUGUACCUGAGGUGUACCUGAGGUGUACCUGGUGUUUUGGGUCGGUGCUCACCAUGUGUCCAACAGCUGGUGGUUAUUUUUGAUACAUCCACAUACGUGUUUUUUAAUUCGCUACUUGAAGAAUCAUGAACAUGCCUUUUUAAAGUGUUGGGGUACAUGAGAUGAUGUGGGCGUACGACAGUUUGUUCCGCUAUGGUUAAAUAGUUAUUUUUAAUGUGGAUUUCUAAGCCAGCAGACCCACAUUAACUCUUCACACUGGGAGGUUAAUUAACAGAGAUGAACCCUGACCUCAACCCUCGGUAUAACACCAUAGAUCGUUAGCUGUCGUCAUGGACAAUCAGACGCACAUCAUGCUAUCCCAUAAUAUUCAACUCUAAGCACAUGGGUGAAAACCUGCUAACUGUGGUAACGAAAAACAGUUUGACAUGACACUAUUUUCAGCUCCUCUGACUAGCCUCAGUUUGGAUGAUGGGUCUUCAUCUAAAUGUGUUGCCAAAUGUGUAUUAUUACGUGAAUCUGAUUCAGUGUGAAUCCAGCGGUUAUUUCUGUUUAAAGGUAAAUUCCGGGUGCCACUUAUCUUUAUCCUUGGACGAUUUUAUCAAUGUGUUAUUUUGUUAAACCUUGGCCCAAAUGAAAUAAAAUGUAUGAACAACCCUCCUAUGAAA